UGUAUUGACUCAUUCACACUGGUAAACAUGGGGUGAGAGCUUCAGAUUCAGCUGAGGACAAGGCACCUUACUUCUUGACAUCGUUAGGUAUCUUUCUUAUUUGGAAGACAGUUUGAAAGUGCCGAUUAGAGGGUCGUUUUCAUAAAGCAAAGUCACUCAAAAUGGAGAAGUCUCAAUUCAAGGCCUCUUUCUUUUCAAGUCUUACUCAAACGGAAGUGAGUACGAGGUGAACUGCAUUAACUUCAAGUGCCUGAAACUUCUUGCAGGAAGCCACAUACCAUCAAUGUGCUGGAUGGGCGCACACCGGGGUCACGUAAGUAGACAUGACAAAAACAGCCCUCCUUAAAUUAUCUGUGGCCAUCGUGAUCACAUUCAUUUUAACUUUGCCAGAAUAUUUCAAGACCCCGAAAGGAAGAAUUUUGGAACUAUCCUGUCUGAAGGUUUGUUUACAACCCAAUCCCACCUAUUCUCUUUCCUCCUCAAAUUUUUCUCUGGUGACUUUUCUGCAAGCAGUAAGAGAAGCUCAGAUUAUCUUGGGAAUCUUUGUAAAUCACUCCAGCUUCCAAAACGUCACCAGGAUCUGCCAAGACAUCACAAGAGAACUUAAAAUGUGCUCUUCGUGUUUGGUUUGUGAACCUAAAGGAAAUGUGGAUUUUAUUUCCCAGGAACACACAUCAAAAGAUUCUAUCAUGACAGGAUCAGUGGAGAGGGGAGAAAAUGAUUUUCAUUCACCUUGUCAACAUUUUAACUUCACUGUGGCUCCUCUGGUCACCCACGUGGAGGAAAACAACACUACCUGUAAUCUGAAAAUGCACACUAGAAAAUCAACGGUCACAGAGGAAGAUCUGACCAGGGGAAAGUCUAUAAAUCAAACCUGCAGCAUUAUGGAAUCUCUGAACAACUGCACACACAUUUCUUUGUACCUAGAAAUGGACCUAAAAAAUCUCAUCUGUUCCAUGAAGAUCACUUGGUAUGCUUUAGUUCUAUUAGUUUUUGUAGUUUUGAUCAUCCUUAUUAUACACAAAAUACGUGAAGGCCACAGAGUUCAGAAGUGGCAGAGUCAGAAGUACAAACCUACAUCUGUUCUCUUACGGGAAAGAGAUUCUGAGAAACUGAGAGCAUUGAACGUGCGGGUUAUUUCAGAGUCCGCACAGAGGCUGCCCUUAACUCAGGUCAGGGAAGAGCUUCCCCCAAUACCAGAGCUGCAAGUUACUUCUGCAGUGAAUCCAGGAGACCUGCACUGGACGUGAAUCCUCUUGGACGAUUUGGACUGAACCUUUUUGGAGAAUGUUUAUAGUUUUAGUUUGGGAUAAGUAGACAGGUAAAUGUUGGGGCCCGACUAAGGAUGCACAAGGCGGUAGUAGGAACGAUGACUGGCGGGUGACCAAGAGUUCAAGAGCAUUGAUUUGACCCAAGAGAUUCAAGAGGAGAGUUUUGUUUUUUUCUUCCAAGAAGCCAUUAUGAGUCAUGGAAAACAAGCUGACGAAACACACGGAAACAGCAAGAGGUGCGUCCUCGCUCUCUUUAUCCAUCAGCACACAGCUUCUGAAGAGACCCACAGUUUUAAUUCCAGGUUUCCCAAAACCGAGCCCAGGAUGAAUAGCCUUUCUCUUGUUGGACCACACGCUGAUUUGCUGCCUUUUUCCCUGUACAGAUGGAUUGUUUCUAUUUUUGUAAAUUACUAGAGGGCCUGCAGUUGUGUGUGGAUUCAUUUGUUUGCUUUUAUAAGUCUUGCCUUCUUUUGGCACCAGGAUGUUUUGAAAAAUUCAAAGAUACCAAAAUA